AUGUCAACAAACGCAGGUAGCAUAAUGCCCGAAGACACUCGUCAGCGUGGCCGAGCAGACAACGGUACUUCCACACCCAACGAAGAAUCUCAAAAGUUCUGCGAAACCAUGCUAUGCCUUGCCGAUUCUUUCAUUGAAGAGAACCCCUUGCACGACCAACCAGAUCAUCUUACUAUCCGUAACUUUCGGAAGAUCUAUGGACUUCCAGAGAACACUGAGGGCAUGGUUACUAAACUACUUGAUCACACAAAGCUCAUAGUUUCGCCAAAUGAUCCCGCUGAUGUCCCGGGCCUAGCAUGUGCCAUACGACUGUUAUCGAACAAUAGACCAGAAACAUGGGAUGAUCCCACGGAAAAAGUUAAGAUUAUACUGAUGCAGCGAGAAAACAAAAAGUACACUGGUGAUACUUUCGCCGUUGGCAAAACUAUCGGCAGGCGAUGGACCAUUGCUUCCGAACUUAAAGGUGUCAAGGGGUCGUGUAAUCAGGGUAUUCUCUUCGCGCGCGACAACGUAAACAACGAAAUGCGUAUCAUGAAACUUCUGUCCUCCGAAGCCAUGGACCCCGGCUGUCCAGGUCGAGAGAUCGAAAUCCUACGCCGGCUCUUCCACCCCAACAUCAUAUCCUUCUACGACGCGCACUUACCCGAUAAUGUAACAGAACGUCACGUCACGCCCUAUCUGGUAACUGAGUUUUGCAAUCAAGGUACUCUACUAGAUCUAAUCAAGACCUGGAACCGGCGCGGUAAGCUUCUCCCAGAAAGCUUCGUAUGGCAAGUCUUCGAAUCCCUCGUUUCCGCAGUCCAAUACUUACACCAUGGGCCGAACAACGCUACGUCGGGUACCUGGGAUCCCAUCUCGCACCGCGACAUAAUCCCCUCCAACAUCUUUCUCACACGCACCCCACAACCCUUACCAAACGACUACCUCAUCAGCAUCAAACUCGCAGACUUCGGCUGUGCCAUCACCGAUAGCGAAAUGGCAGUUCACAACUACUCCGUCCGCGAGCUACCACUCAUAUCCGCUGACUACAUGCCUCCGGAAGAGGCACAGCCGACUGAGGCGACGGAUAUGUAUCAAGUUGGGUUGGUCAUCUCACUUAUGUAUUGUAUGAUGGAUCGCCCUUCUAAGGAUGUUUCUGACACGGGUUACUUAUAUCAGGAUCAUCGUCCUGGAUAUAAGGGGUAUACAGAAGAGUUGCGUAUGUUUCUUGAGAUGUGUCUUGAUGUUGAUGAUGAUGAGCGGCCUGAUUCGAAUGCUUUUCUGUCGCGAAUUCAGAGUGCGAAGAGGAUGUUGAGUAAAUCGGGCAAGUUUGAGGGACAGGUUGAGCUUUUUCAACCUGUUGGAUUUCGGUAA